UGGGUUUCUGCAGUUGCACUUGUUUUAUGCAAACCAGCCUUUUUAUGGAUCUGAUCUCUGCCUGUGAACGGACGAUGACUCCUGUAGGCUUGGACACCAUAGUGGCAGACCUGGUCUCCAUGUCCCCGAACGUCACCGCAGUGGGAUCGCCGGGCAUCUCGGUGGCAACCAGAACCUUAAUCCUACUUGUCUGUCUGCUGCUGGUUGCAUGGAAGCACACAGACAAGAAAGCUGCACCGGGUCCUUGUUUCUGUCUGGGCUUGGGCCCACUUCUGUCAUAUGUGAGAUUCAUCUGGACUGGUAUAGGCACAGCCAGCAACUACUACAACAACAAGUACGGAGACAUUGUCAGAGUCUGGAUCGACGGAGAGGAGACCCUCAUAAUCAGCAGGUCAUCAGCGGUGCACCAUGUACUGAAGAAUGGACAUUAUACUUCACGUUUUGGAAGCAAGCAAGGACUCAGCUGCAUCGGCAUGAACGAGAGAGGCAUCAUAUUUAACAACAACGUAACUCUGUGGAAAAAGAUACGCACCUACUACACCAAAGCCCUGACAGGUCCGGGCUUGCAGCAGACAGUGGAGGUUAGCGUCUCCUCCACGCAGACUCACCUGGACGACCUGGACAGUUUGGGUCAUGUGGAUGUUCUCAGUUUGCUGCGCUGCACCGUGGUCGACAUUUCCAACAGACUCUUUCUGGGUGUCCCUGUCAACGAAAAAGAGCUGCUGCUGAAGAUUCAGAAAUAUUUUGACACGUGGCAGACUGUGCUAAUCAAACCAGACGUUUACUUCAAAUUUGACUGGAUUCACCAAAGGCACAAGGCAGCAGCCCAGGAGCUGCAAGACGCCAUAGAGAGCCUCGUGGAGCAGAAGAGGAGAGAUCUGGAGCAGGCGGAUAAACUAGACAACAUCAACUUCACCGCAGAGCUCAUAUUUGCACAGAACCAUGGCGAACUGUCUGCGGAGAACGUGAAGCAGUGUGUGUUGGAGAUGGUGAUCGCAGCACCAGACACUCUGUCCAUCAGCCUCUUCUUCAUGCUGCUGCUCCUCAAACAGAAUCCAGAUGUGGAGUUUAGGCUGCUCCAUGAGAUAGACACUGUUGUAGGUGAGAGACCGCUCCAGAACGGGGACCUUCAGAGGCUACAGGUGCUGGAGAGCUUCAUCAACGAAGGCUUGCGCUUCCACCCUGUGGUGGACUUCACCAUGCGUCGAGCCCUGGCUGACGACGUCAUAGAUGGCUACAGGGUACCGAAGGGCACAAACAUCAUCCUGAACACUGGCCGUAUGCACAGGACAGAGUUUUUCGUCAAACCCAAUGAAUUCAGUCUGGAAAACUUUGAGAGAAAUGCUCCCCGCCGGUACUUCCAGCCGUUCGGUUCGGGCCCUCGCGCCUGCGUUGGCAAGCACAUUGCCAUGGUAAUGAUGAAAUCCAUCCUGGUGACGCUGCUCUCCCAGUACUCUGUUUGCCCCCAUGAGGGCUUGACCCUAGACUGCCUCCCACAGACCAACAACCUCUCCCAGCAGCCUGUUGAGCAUCAGCAGGAGGCCGAACAUCUCAGCAUGAGAUUCUUACCCAGACAGAGAGGAAGCUGGAAAACACUCUGAGACUCUGACCUUUAGUUGUACCCACACAUUUAAAUCUCCAUAACAAUUAUAUUAUGACUGUACAGAGCUAUGCUAUAUAUUUGGUAUAUAUAUAUGGUAAGUAUUACAAAUUGUAUUUCUACUUGAACUUUUAUGUAUGUUGUGAUCUGUAAGUUUAGACAUGCUAAUACUGAAGUAAAUGUAAAUUAUUGUG